CAUUUUUAUGGGCUUCCAAUCUCUCCAGCCUUGUGUCUUAUCAGCAAAUGCAGCUGGAGGCUUCAAAACACUCCCAGCUUGCUGCUGAUUUUGUGGGAUGAAGAUUAGAGAUGAUCAGAUAGUGAAUUAUUCAUUCCACUUGAUAUCUCUGGGCAGGAGGGAAUAUCCAAGCAAAAGUCAGCUCCCUCCUAGCUGUCUGAGCAUCUCCUGCUCUUCCAGGGAAGAGUAGAGGCAAGGGGCCAGGCUGACGUGAACACAGAGCCAGAGCCUCAGAACCAUUGGCCCCACCAGCCUCCUUCACCUGGUGGGCAGAGAAGCAGCAGCAAUGGUUUAAAAAUGAAUGAAGCCAGGGGCAAACUUCAGCCUUGGUCACAAGGUGUCAUUGCUGUGGUGGUGUUUCUGGUGCUGGUGGCAAUCUGCUUCGUGGUCAACAGGUUCUGGUGCAAGAAGCAGCAGGAUAAUGUUGAGACAGUGGUGAGCAUCGGGGCCAAGGAAGAGGCUGUUGUGCCCAACGGACGUGAAGGGACAUACGUGACCUCUGCAGUGGACUUCAGGUCCAAGGAGAACAAGCACGCCUAUGAAAACACUUUGGAUCUAGAGGAGAAGGUGAUCACCACUGCCAUGUAGCACCAGCUGGUGGCGGGACCCUCUGCACUGACAUCCCCAUGCAUGGCAGCUCCUCUGUCCCAGGCCUUCAGACUUCUGUCCCUUUGUUAGACCCUAGGAGAGGUCUGGGGCUGUCACCUCCCCAGUCCUUUGGCCACCCCCCCCACCUUCUCAGCUCAGCUGAUGUCCCCCACCCCCUGGACCAGGGGAUGCUGACCCACUCCAGAUGCUGCUGCAUGCAUGGGACCCCAUGUUCCCUCCCCAUAUCCUUUCCCCUCUGGGAAACUGUCAAUGGAGAACCCACUCUCAUGUCAACAUCUCAUCCUCCUUUUUAUGAACAAAGGCUCCAUGCCAUGCAUUUCAAACUCAGAACAAAUCGCCUCCCCUGUACAUAUCUUCUCUGCCAGCAAUAAAGAGAAUUGCUGUCCA